AUGGCAGGAAAAACUAACAAAGAUACUAAUAUUAUUAAUUCUACCAAAACUUAUGAUAUAAUAGAAGAUGAUACUAAAUAUACUAAUACAAUACUUUCUAGAUUGUAUACUGAUUAUAGAAAACAAAAUUUAGAUUCAUGUGAUAUACAAAUUAUAAUAAAUGGAAGUAAAUCUAUUUAUACUCACAAAGUAAUACUCCAAACAUAUUCAAAUUUUUUUAGAAAAAUGAUGGGAACAGAAAAGAUUGUAUCUUUAAAUGAUCCUGAAGUUAACCUCAAGACAAUGAAACUUCUUUUAAGAUAUUUAUAUAAAGGUGUUUUUAAAACAAAUUCAGAGAAAUACUUUCUUCGUGUUAUGCAUUUAGCAAAAAAAUUAGAAACCAGAGAUUUGUAUAAAGCAUUAUCCAAUUAUCAUAAAAAUUCUAGUGGAAUUUUUGAUAAAGUCAACAAAGAAAGUAAACGAAAGUCUAGUCAAACAGAUAAAAGUAUAAGAAAUAUAAACAAAGAGAAUAAAAUUGAUAAACAACAAAAGAAAAGAAGUAAAUCUAAUAAAAUUUUAGCAAUGGAUGAUAAACAUAGUUUUUCUAAAAAAAGAAUUAACAACAAAAUGGAUGAUUCACAAAAUAAAGAUUCUAGACAAUCAAAAAAAACUAGAAAGUCAACGAGGAAAACCAAUCCAAAAAUGAUGAAAAAUUCAAUUGGGGAAAAGGAAAAAAAUAUUUCAAAGGUUUCAUCACCGAAGAAAAAUCCUUCUAAGAAGGAAAAAAAUAUUUCAAAAGUUUCAUCACCAAAGAAGAAUUCUUCUAAGAAGGAAAAAAAUUUUUAUGACAAUUAUGAUAGUCAUCCUUUAAUGUACUCUGGUCAACAAGAUCUUUACAGAAUUUCUUACUCUGAUGAUUAUGAUGAUGAUGAUGAUAGUGAAAAUUAA